AUGCAAAGAUUAAUACGAACAUGUAUUGCAGGCUUCUUUUACUUUAUUAAUGCUAUAUUAAUAAUAUCAUAUAUGUUUAGGCCGGAUCUCCUAAUACAUCAACUGUACACAAUACCCGUAUCAUUAGGAACAUGUUUUAUCACAUUGGGUUUACUUACAUCAGAUUUUUUAACUCCGUCCCUAUCGGAGAUCUCUACUAAUAUGCUACACAUAUCACCUCGUAUUGCUGGUAUGACUCUUCUGGCAUUAGGAAAUGGUAUCCCUGAAAUUACCAGUGCAUAUCAAUCUAUGAACGCUGGGGUGACAUCGUUGGCGAUUGGAGAAUUGAUAGGUGGUGUCUUCUUUCUAACCACAGUUGUUAUUGGACUAAUGGGAUUCAUACGGACUAUAUACAUCACGAAUCAUAGUUUAGAGUUAAAAUAUUUGAAUAUUUUAACUUAUGAAAAGCGACAUUAUAUUGAAGACAUAUCAGCCUUGACUGGUAUGAUUGUCAUUACAUCUUUGGUCCUUUGGGACGGGAAAUUACGAUUAUAUGAAUGUUUUGUAUUAAUGACCUGUUAUAUUGUACAUGUUAUAUAUUUGGUCAAUCAAAUUAAGAAAGAAGAAGUUGAAGAAUAUCCCAGUAGUGAACUUGAUGUUGAAUUAACUAAUGACAUUUGUGAUAUUGUUAGUAUAAACAAUGAACAAAGUCUAGGUAGUAAUCUAGUUUCUGGACCGAUUGAUUUGGAGAAUCAGACAUUCGAACGCAAUAUCUCACUUUUCAAUCAAGAUGAAUUAAUGAGAAGAGACAAGAUCAAAUGUCAAAUUAAAGGUUAUUUAUCGAAGAACUAUAAAGGUUGGGUAAGAAUGACCUUACGAGAUUGUCUUGAUAUAUGGGAGAAUGAUGAUGUCUUUGAUAAAGAAAAGGAGAAAGAAUAUUCAGAUGAUAAUACGUCUGAAGGAACAGCCGAAGAGAUUGUCCCCUUGUUUCAUCCAAAUAUCACGACGGGUUCGUUACAGGAAGACACAGACGUUAUUGUUAAUGUCGCUCAGGAUGACGGUUUGUUAAGAGUUCCUGGUCGAACUAGUAAUAAGAGUGAUAAUAGACCUCCCCUGAGAAUUUCUAGAAGUCUGGAUUUUGUCCCUGCAUUGCUAGAUGGUAUUCCCAGUGAAGAAGUGAUUGAAGAGGUUGUAGACAAUAUGGUUGACUCAAAUGGAAUAACACUGACCCAACAAAGAUCUCCAAAUGUUUCAAUAAUGUCAACAAAUUCACAAAUGAGAAAUCAUUCAUGUUGUUAUACUCGGGGUUAUAGGUUAUACUAUUAUGUGACUAGUUGCAAUCCAAUCACAAUGUGUCAUGUGGAGUUUCUAAUGUUAUUAUUUACUACUCCGAUCUCGGUGGUGAUCCAUACUUUAUUACCUACUCCAAAUGAUAGUCAUACUUUAAUCACUGAACCUAUUUCCUUUGGUGAGAAAAUCCGUGUAUUAAUGUCUCCAAUGGUGAUAUAUCUACUAAUAGUUCGUGGAUUACCUAAUAUCGCGAUAAUCGCCAGUUUCGUCACGAUAAUUAUGGUAUAUACCGUAUGGACGAAAUAUAAUCCUUUACAAAGUCGAAUCCUAACUAAAAGACUUGUAUCGAUCAUGGGGUUCAUUUCAUCAAUAUGUGCGAUUUCCGUCGUGGUAGAUGUUAUCGUAAGCAUCCUACGUAUGUGGACCAACAAAUUCCAUGUGUCAGAGAGUAUUCUGGGUAUCACGAUCUUUGCGUGGGGUAAUUCCAUUGGAGACUUGGUGUCGAACUUGACCUUUGUGAAGACUGGGAUUGUCGAGACCGCGUUGGGUGCCUGUUUUGGUAGUCCCCUGUUAUAUUUCUUGUUUGGGGUUGGUUUUGAUGGGAUGGUGUUGAUGGUGCUAAGUUAUAUCAACGAUACAAAUAAUGGUGUUGUCAACUGGGAAAUUGAUUUUACUAUAGAUGCACAUUUGAAAUUGAGCGGAGUUGGGAUCCUUAUUGCGAUGUGUAUUUAUUUCAUUGGAAUCCCAUUGAAUGGUUGGAAGAUUAAUAAACGGAUCAGUAUGUUAUUACUGUUGAAUUAUUUAAUCGUAACGUUAUUAAAUAUAUAUAUAGAGGUUGGUAUGUAG